GGUAUAUAAGGUAUAUAUGUAGGUAUUCACUAUUCUUAUUCCUCAGGAUUCAAUAGUAUCUAGGUACCAGGUACGUAACACAAUUCUUUCUAUAUUAAUUCAUCUGGUGGAUGAAAGUUAUACUUGGUAAAUACCAGCCUCCAUAAGAGACAAAAAGCAAGUACUGCUAAUCUGCAACAAAUUAUCGUACACAUCGGAGGUGACGUCAUCAACUCACCAUCAAUGGCGUGCUAUGAGACUCUGAGACUUUUCUUCGUCAACGGUAACGUUUUGUGAGACACGACAGAAACUCAAACACAUAUCGUCGCUCAGUAUCACAAUAACACAACUCCUAUUCGAUCCUAUUCCUUUUCACUUUUUAUUAUUUUAUUUAAUUCCUAAAAGAAAAUGUCUUCCGUACUCGUAGUAGGCGCUACCAGAGGCCUAGGGGCCGCAUUAGUGAAAGAGUAUGCUUCGAACCCCGACACCAUGACGUAUGCAACUACACGAUCCGAGGCUACACCGGACGGAUUCCCGGAUAGCGUCAAGUGGCUCUCCGGAAUCGACCUUACCAACCAGAAUGUCGGAGACAACCUCUCGAACCAGCUUAAGGGAGAAAAGCCUCUAGACAUUGUAAUCAUCAACGCCGGACGAUUCAUGACCGAAGACUUCUCCGAGUCCGGCGGGCCCAACUGGAACGACGAGCUAACCAUGUACACGACGAGUUCGAUCGCGCCGGUCUUUAUCGUGCACCGCCUCGCGCGCGACAACCGCCUCAAAGCCGGGUCCAAGGUGGUCCUGGUGUCGAGCGAGGCGGGGAGCAUCACGCUCCGGCACGAGAAGGAGGGCGGCGGGAACUACGCGCACCACGCGAGCAAAGCCGCGCUAAACAUGGUCGGGAAGCUCCUGAGCAUCGACCUCAAGGACAAGGGGGUCGUGGUUAGUAUCGUCCACCCGGGCUUCAUGCGCACCGAGAUGACCAGAGGCGUCGGGUUCGACAAGCACUGGGACGAGGGCGGCGCCGUAACUCCUGAGGUGGCCGCGAAGAGUCUCGCGGAGUGGGCAGAGACGCUAGAUCUUAGCAAGUCUGGGGAAUACUGGGCGCCUCGUGGACCACGAGAUAUUGGCAUGGCCGAGAUGGUGCUUGGGAAGAAUCUUGAGACCCCUCUGAAAUUGCCUUGGUAAUGCGAAAGCUUCGGGGAAAAGGGAAGGGGGGGUUCGUUGAUAUCGAUGCGCACGCUUUCUUGGUCGAUCAAGUGAUUAAGCCUUUUGAGGUUAAACUCAAAGAUGAGAGAAUAAAACUUUUUUUU